CCUUUUCUAAGAAAUAUUAUUAUAUGAACAAGUUUGAGUUUCCUGGUGUUGAUAAAGUAACCAUGAAAAUUCUUGACUGUGAAAAUGUCUUGAGUGGAGGAAAGCGUAACCGAUGCGUUGUUCUACCAGCUAAUGUUCCUAUAGUUGCUGAUUCCUUAAAACGGAAAAAUCAAAACUGGAUUGCCAGGGCAAGUUCUACUAAUGAUUUAAUCAUACAAGUUGGUGAUUCCAGCUUUCACUUGCAUAAGCUUGCCAUGGUCUCAAGAAGUGAAUAUUUGAAUAGGCUUGUCUUCAAAAGGAGAAGUAACAACAUAGAAGACAAUAAUCAUACUAUCCAAAUAGACAAUCUUCCAGGUGGUAGAAAAACAUUUGAGUUAGUUGUCAAAUUCUGUUACGGUUGGAAAUUCGACAUGACAUCAUCCAACAUAGCUUCAUUAUAUUGUGCUGCAAAUUUCUUAGAAAUGAGUGAAGAUAUUGAACAAGAAAAUCUAAUUUCCAAAACAGAAUCCUUUCUCACAUUUCUAAUGUUAUCUUCAUGGAAAGACACAUUUCGUAUACUCAAAAGUUGUGAAUCAAUUUCCCAUUGGGCCAAGGAGUUACAAUUAGUGAAACGUUGCUCAGAAGCAAUAGCUUGGAAAGCAUGUGUAAUUCCAAAACUUGAAAUCAAAGUUGAUGCUUGUUGGUGGUUUGAAGAUGUAUCACUUCUACGUAUAGAUCAUUUUAUUGAAGCGAUUCAAUCUGUCAAAAAACGUGGAAUGAAAUCAGAGUUUGUAGGUUCAUGUAUAGAAAAUUGGACUAAAAAAUGGUUCUCUAAAGUCACACUUGGAAUUGAUCCAAAUGUGACACAGAAACACAUGCCAAUUCAGUUACAUAAAGUUUCAACCGAGUGUUUGAUUAAAAUGCUUCCAACUGAAGAAAAUUCUGUCUCUUGCAAUUUUUUGCUUCACCUGUUGAAGGCAGGUAUGAUGUUGAAAAUCAAUCAUGAGUUGUUGUGUGAGCUAGAGACAAGAGUGGUUUUGAUUUUGGAGCAGUGUUGUGUUCAAGAUCUUUUGGUUAAGAAUCAAGGAGAUAAAGAUUCUUUGUAUGAUGUUGAUGUUGUUGUUAAAGUGUUACAAUCUUAUGUUCUUGGCAUUUCAAGUAAUUCUGCUGCAAAAGUUCACAUUGUUGGAAGGUUGGUGGAUGGUUAUCUAUCACAAGUUGCAAGGGAUCAGAAGCUCACAGUGGAAAGUUUCAAAUUGCUUGUUGAAGUAUUGCCACAAAAUGCUAGAGAUAGUGAUGACAAUCUCUAUAGAGCUAUUGACAUGUACCUUAAGGCACAUCCAUAUUUGACAGAAGAAGAUGGAGAAAAUGUGUGUAAUGUAUUGGAAUACCAUAGAUUGUCACAAGAAGCGCGUCAGCAUGUGAUGAAAAAUGAUAGGUUGCCCAUGAAAUUAUCAACAGGAUUUGUCCUUUUAGAACAAGUGAACAUGUCAUGGACAAUGGCAAGUAAAGGAUCAAAUUACCAUAGGAGUAAGACAAGCAUCAGGAUAAGCAAAGAUUUUGAAAAGAGACAGAUGAAUCAGGAGAUAAAAGUAAUGAGAAAAGAUGUUGAGAUGAUGAAGUCACAACUGCUGGAACUAAAUACUUGCAAAAUGAAGCUUCAAAAGCAUUUGAAGUUAUCCACUCGUUGAAGUUAUGUACAAACACCUUAACAUAUAGAGCUUUUCUUUGAUGGAUGUAUUUAUCAGCCUCGUUGAAACCGGUUAGUUCAAAAUGAAAGAAAACUAGCAUAGGGUGUCCUCUCAUCCUUCUGUGAAUGUUGAAGAGGAUUGGCAAUAAAAUACGCUUUUGGUCUUGCUAGCACUUCUCUCGCGUCAAAAAUUAUAUUGAUCGUUUUGUUAGUAAAAUAUCUUAGUUUUUGGAUA